GUGGGGAAGCCACCAGUGGUAAAGCUGGCAAAGACGGAAAGGAGGGAAAGACAGACAGACGGGACAGACAGGAGACACAGGAAGACAUAAAGCGAGACAGGAGGACAAGUCCCAAAAGAGAGCGAGCGUCUCACCUCGGCUGACCGUCUGUUACGUUAGGAAACGUCACUUUGAGGUUUGACAGCAGCGGAAUAACUGAGGAGGAGAUGUGACUGGCCUUUUUUCCCCCUUCUUCUUACACAGAGCUCAUUUCACAACCGAGGGGCAGCAACGUAAACACAGCCGCAGUGAUCCCUUCAUCCCAGGACUUGUGGCUUUACUUGCUGCCUUUAUCUUAAGGGAUGCCCUAUUGAUUCCUGCUCUCUAACAAAGCCCAUUGAUUACAGCGAGGGUGUUUGAGAGGCCGUUAUCACAGCUAUGUCAACACUGCAUCAGGAUAUUUCAAAAAGUCAAGACGGACUUCAGUAGAAGAGUGACAGGAAUUUGUGUUUUCAGAUUUUUUGGGACAUCCAUCCUACAUUUUUUUGUUUUUACCGAGCUUUUGUAUCAUUUCGAGCAUGUAUUUUUGAUUUGCUUCAUUUAUUCAUUUGAAAAAGCCACUCUUUCACCCCUACAGUAUACACACCAUACUUCUUUACCAUGUACGGUAGCUCCCGUUCUGUCUCAAAGCUCGAUGUCGUUGGAUCAAAUGGUAAUGGCUCAGUGUCCGGGAGCCCUGGUCGCUCCCCACGCCUCCCUCGCUCCCCACGUCUUGGACACCGGCGAAACAGCAGCAGCAGCUCCACCGGCGGACUCACUGGCUCUGGUAAAACUCUGUCCAUGGAGAAUAUUCAGUCUUUGAAUGCUGCCUAUGCUACGGGAGGUCCUAUGUACUUCGCUGACACAAUUGAUGACCCAAUCGGCAUUGGCAGCCUGGGCAGUGGGCUGAACCCCUCGGUGCCCAAAAGCACCAUGACCCUGGGCAGGGCUGGAGCCAGGGUCCCCUACGGGGUCAGGGCGGCCAUCAUGGGGAGCAGUCCUAAUAUAAACACUGGAGGAGGAGUGGGAGGUGGUGCGAUGCCCAGUGAUGCAAUAGCAUUCGGAGGGGAGAUGCAAAACCAGAUUUCACAGGCGGCUACUGUCCCCCACUCCAUGAGACAGGUGAGAGAUGGUGCAAUGUCAGACCUGCAGACACAGUUAAGAGAAGUGCUGAGAGAGAAUGAACUACUACGCAGAGAACUGGAGGCUAAAGAGUCCAAGUUAAGCUCCUCCAUGAACUCCAUUAAGACCUUUUGGAGUCCAGAGCUGAAGAAAGAGAGAGCGCUGAGGAAGGAUGAAGCCACAAAGAUGGCCGUUUGGAAGGAACAGUACAGAGUGGUGCAGGAGGAAACACAGCAUUUGCAGUGCACCAUCCAGGCUCUGCAAGAUGAGCUCAGAAUCCAGCGAGACCUCAACCAGCUCUUUCAGUCAGAUUACUCAGAGUCCGGUCACCUGGGCCAGCCCAUCCCCCCUCAGGAAAUGACAGAGGAGAACUUCCUGCGUCUCCACAGCGAGUAUGAGCGUCAGAUGAAAGAACUCUUCCUCCUGAGGAAGACUGUGGAAGAAAUGGAGCUGAGGAUAGAUACACAGAAACACACGCUAACUGCCAGGGAUGAAUCCAUAAAGAAGUUACUGGAAAUGUUGCAGAGCAAAGGCCUGUCGGCACGGGCGACCGAGGAGGACCACGAACGAACCAGGAGACUUGCAGAUGCUGAGAUGACCAUCCACCAACUGGAAGGCCUACUGGAGCAAAAAGACAAGGAGAUGCUACAACUCAGAGAGGAGCUGCACAGGAGAUACGAAGCAGCUCCAGAAUCAACAAAGACCAAGGCCUUGCAGACAGUCAUUGAAAUGAAGGAUGCAAAGAUCAGCUCAAUGGAGCGCAGCAUGAGAGAGCUGGAGGAGGAGGUGAACAUGCUCAAAUCCAAUGGAGCUCUGAGCAGCGAGGAGAGGGAGGAGGAGAUCAAACAGAUGGAGGUCUACAGAUCCCACUCCAAGUUCAUGAAAAACAAGGUUGAGCAGCUGAAGGAAGAGCUAACUCACAGCCAGUCAGAGAAGGAGGAGCUAAGGCAACGAGCCAAUGAGCUUCAGCGGGAGGUGUCAGCAAUUGAACAGGCAAAGCAGGAUCUGAGUCGUAAGGACAGCGAGCUACUGGCUUUCAGGACCAAACUGGAGACUCUGAACAAUCAGUUUUCUGACAGUAAACAACAUGUGGACGUACUCAAGGAGUCACUCACUGCCAAGGAACAGAGAGCUGCUAUACUGCAGACUGAGGUGGAUGCGCUGCGUCUCCGUUUGGAAGAAAAGGAAUCUCUCCUCGCUAAAAAGAGUCAGCAGAUAUCCGAGUUGACGGAGGAGAAAAGCACUCAGAGUGGAGAAAUCAGCGACCUUAAAGACAUGCUGGACGUCAAGGAACGCAAAGUUAACGUGCUGCAAAAGAAGAUAGAGAACCUCCAGGAUCAGCUGAGGGAUAAAGAGAAACAGCUGGGCGGCCUGAAAGACCGAGUCAAAUCCUUACAGACAGACACCUCCAACACCGACACAGCACUGGGAACACUGGAGGAGGCUCUGGCUGAGAAGGAGCGAAUCAUCGAGCGGUUGAAAGAACAGCGGGAGAGGGAGGAAAAGGAAAAAGGGGACGAGAUGGAGUCCAGCAAGAAGGAGCUGAAGGAGUUGAGGGAAAAAGUCACCCAUCUGCAGGCUGACUUGGCUGACCGUGAGACUGCAGUGUUGGAUCUGAAGGAGAAGGCUUCCUCUCUGGCUUCCUCCACCCUCAAGAAGGACAACAGGCUGAAGAGUCUGGAGAUCAGCUUGGAGCAGAAGAAAGAAGAGUGUGUCAAACUCGAGAACCAACUCAAGAAGGCUCAGAGUGCAGCUGCAGAUUCCCAGGCCAGCACUGAACUCUCCGAACGCAUCUCCUGCCUGGAGCAGGAAGUGACCCAGCACAAAGAGGAUGCUGGGAAGGCCCAGUCCGAGGUGGAACGGCUCCUGGAGAUCCUGAGGGAGAUGGAGAAUGAAAAGAACGACAAGGAGAAAAAGAUCCACGAAUUGGAGAGUCUUGCCUCAAGGCAGAUGAAGGACCAGUCGAAGAAGGUGGCCAACCUGAAACACAAGGAGCAGGUGGAGAAGAGCAGGAACGCUCAGCUGAUGGAGGAUGCCAAGAAGAGAGAGGACAAUUUGAACGAAAGCUCCCAGCUGAUAAAGGACUCCCUCCGUCAGAAGGAGGAGCGCAUUGAGGAGCUGGAGGAGGCGCUGAGGGAAAGCGUUCAGAUCACAGCAGAGAGGGAGGUGGUGCUCGCCCAGGAGGAGCAGGCACGCACACAGUCCGAGAAACAGGUGGAGGACCUGCUGGUUGCCAUGGAGAAGGUGAAACAGGAACUUGAGGUGAUGAAAGCCAAGCUGUCAUCAACUCAACUCUCACUGGCCGAGAAGGAAGGUCACCUGACUGCCCUGCGGGCCGAGAGGCGGAAACACCUGGAGGAGGUCCUGGAGAUGAAGCAAGAGGCGCUGCUGGCAGCCAUCAGUGAGAAAGACGCCAACAUUGCCCUGCUGGAGCUCUCCUCAUCCAAGAAGAAGAAAACCCAGGAGGAGGUGGCAGCUCUGAAGAGGGAGAAGGACGGUUUGGUUCAUCAGCUCAAACAGCAGACUCAGAAUCGGAUGAAACUGAUGGCCGACAACUAUGAGGACGACCACCUGAAGGUCUCCUCUCCGAACUCAGAGCAGCCCAACAAUCACAAGCCCUCCCCAGACCAGAUUCUCUCUCCUCUCCUGGAUCUCAAUCAGAAUCGCAGUAAACUGAAGCUGUACAUCAGUCACCUGACCUCACUGUGUCAGGAGCGAGACCCAAUCAUACUGCAGGACUUCGCCCCGCCCCCCGCCUAUCACCGCUCUGACUCCGCCUCCUGGCAAACACAGCUGCACAGCAUGACGCAGGAACAGUUGGAGGCGGAGUUAGCGCUGUGCGAGAGGGAGGGGGCGGAGCUUCAGGAGUACGCCAACCAGGUCCUGCAGCAGAUCGCUGACCGAUGCCCCGACAUUUUGGAACAAGUGGUCAACGCUCUGGAGGACAGCUGCUGACACAUGAGUGCGCACACACACACACGGACAGAAACACAAAGAAGCUCACACACAUUAGUUUGCACGCAGAGUCAGAAAGCAAGCAGACCGUGAUCCCCGAGUAAAAUCGCAGGAUGAAGACCUUGUUUUCCACCUGCUCUUCACUCUCAUUUUCACUGAUGUAAAAAGGGGAUCCACAAAAGAAAAAAAAUCAUCUUAUCACAGAAAAAUGUUCUUUCACCGUGUCUUUAGUCGCUGUCAUUUCAAAGAAGCGGUGCCAUCUGAUGGAAUAAUUGUCAAUUUUUUAUUUCAAAGUGCUCUGUUGGCAUGCAAGUUAAUUGGAAAUAGUUGAUGUUUAUGAGACGUUAAACACGAUCUUCCUCCGACUCAGAAGGAGCCUCCACUGCACUCGCCAUCUGUGACACUUCACAGCGGCCAUCCUCUGUCCUUCCAGGCAAUCAGCGGACUUGUAAUUGUGACUUGAUGUAUUAUAUGAGGGAAAAAAAUAUUUUCAAACUGUAUGAAAAGGGUGAAAGUGAGUCGAUCUUGCCAGGUUUGUUUCUGAUGCCAGACUUACACGCUGUUACCACAUUCUUAUUUGAUUGGUUCAGACACAAAAGUGUGUUUAUUUCAGCUGCCUUUGAUUCUUUACAUCAUUUGCUGCUAUCUUUUUAACUUUUAGUUUCUAUUUUUUUCUCCAUUUCUUGUUUUUUUCUGAUGAAAACUUGCAGUUUCUUUCCGCAGUAAUCUCUGGAUAGUUGUGUAUAUUGUAAAGAGAGAACAUUAAUUAACAGAAACACAGCUUUCGUCAGGGGACGCUUUCAUCUAUUUUUCCCCCCAUUAUUGAUGAAAGGCACAAAAUCUCGCAAUACUCCCUUUAUUAAAACACAGCAGUGUAGAUGUUUUGUGUUUCUUUUCAACCUAACAGUUCAUGCUGAAUUAGGUUGUGUUCAGACAAUCCCUCACUUACCAUUUUGUGACAAUCCCUUUAGAGUUAACGUGGAGAAAUCUUACUGAAACGUCUUUUUUUUCCUGGAGAGGUAGGGAAUAUAAAAUAAUUGCUAUAUAUUUUUUUGCUUUUGGUAAUAUAUACAAAACACUAAUCUUGUUUAAUUGAAAAUAUUGUCAUGUUAUUGGUUGGUAUGUUACAUAAUGUGUCAGACUUCUCUCUUUUUUUGUGAUUUGCAAGUAACCACAGAUUUGUUCCGUAAGCAGGAGACUGUUACUGGGAACGUAUAUUGCACCUACACGAGGCUCUGUGUCCACCGGGAACGAUUUCUCAGAACCAGUUUCUUGUUCUUGUUGUUUACAGUGGAAAUGACACUCUGAUGCAUGUUUCCCACAGCGCUGACAGCCUUAGCAUGAUUUCAACGCCAACAGCACAGAGCACCAGUGGUCCAGAUUGUUUCAACUUCAAUCAAGCUCCUCAAACAGGUUUUUAAAAAAUCUUAUACUGUAGUGAGUGCUGCAGCCAUGACUGGCCACGUGCAGCUGUUGAGCGCUGCUCUCUUAAAAAAAAAAACACCUGGUGGAGACAAAGCCUGGAGAUGGGGAUUUACGACGCACACUUAGAUCUGAUUUUAAACAAUCAGAACGCAAAUAUGCUGUGUAUUAGAAAAGCAGAUGAGUUUCAUUCCAAAAUAUUCCAUGUGUCUGUUUUAUGAGGAGAAAUGAUACCAGUUUGAAAUUGCCAAAAUCUUUAGUGAUAAUGAAGAGGCUCUUAUUUUGGAAUGAAACUCCCUCAGAUAUGAGCUCGUGUUGUAAAUCCAGUAUUUUGUUGUCUGUUUUAUACUGAUAAUGUUUUGGAACGGUGACGACUCACUGUGACUUGGAUUGAAAAUGGGAAUAAGAGAAUGGAAUAAAAUAUUGAUUUAUCUUUA